AAAAUAAUCUCACAUGCAUCUCGACUCAAAAGAUUGCACAAUUUCACCAUCGCAACGCAACGACUAUUCCACUCUGAGAGUCAAUUUAUUCUCUUCUGAAAUGCGCUCACCACAUCUCGUCUUCCUCGUUGGAGUCCUCUUCUGCGCCGUCGUCAAUGGGCAACACCCCCAUUGUCCCGACGUCUACGGCCUCGCUACACAUCCCCACCCUGAAUUCUGCGAUAAGUUUUUCAAGUGUGAAAAUGGGACGCUCACCUUGGAAACGUGUGAAAAUGGGUUGCUUUUUGACGGGAAGAGUGGGGUGCAUAAUCACUGCGGGUACAAUUGGGGGGUGCAGUGUGGGGAGGGGAGGGUCAGUGACGUCCCCGCCAUCUCCACGCCGGGCUGCCUGUACCAGUUCGGGAUUUACCCCAAGGCCCCCGGGUGCCACAAGACGUACGUGAAGUGCGCCUUUGGGGUCCCCUACGAAACCCACUGCGAGGCCGGCCUGGCCUACGACGAGAAAACCCACUCCUGCAACUGGCCAGAUUUACUCCUCGAAAAUGGAUGCGAUCCGGAGGAAAUAAUCGGCUACCGCUGCCCUGACAAAGUGGAGCCCGGAACUCUCGCCUAUAAAUUCUGGCCGUACCCCCGUUUCGCCCUUCCGAACGACCCCCACCGCCUCAUCACGUGUGUCAACGGGUAUCCCAGGAUCGUCAACUGUGGGGACACGGCCCUCGUCAAUCCUGCCACGCUCACUUGUGAAGAGCAGGAGCAUUGAUUUUUUUAUUUCGAGUUUUUUUUACCGUUUCCAUGGAAUUUUUCCAUUUUAAAUUUUUUAUAAAAAUUAAUUUCCAUGGAAAUAAAUUGGCAAAAUUCAGCAAA